AUGAACAUCGGCUUCACCGCAAAGAUGGAGGAGCAGCUUGACGACAUAGCGGACGGAGAACUGGAAUGGGAGCCGAUGCUCAAGGAGUUCUACAGGCCCUUCGACGAAUCGAUCGAGAAGACGAUGAAGGAAGCGGAGCGAGUUCCCCGCGAGUCUCUUGAAGAGGAGACGGGCGAGUCCUGUGAGUUGUGCGGCAACCCGAUGGUAAUCAAGUCGGGUCGCUACGGACGCUUCAUGGCGUGCAAAGGCUAUCCCGAAUGCAAGAACACCAAGCCGGUGGAGAGUCCUGAAGAGAAGGCGAUACGCGAGCUUGUCAGCGAGGAUGUGGACGAGUUCUGCGACAAGUGCGAGCGUCCUAUGGCUGUGAAGACCGGACGCAAUGGACGUUUUCUGGCCUGCACGGGGUAUCCGGAGUGCAAGAAUGCCAAGCCUCUACCGGUUGGUGUGGCUUGCCCGGACUGUGGCAAUGAUCUUGUGGAGCGCAAGCAGAAGGGGAAAAACGGCAGGACAUUCUACAGCUGCUCGAACUAUCCGGAGUGCAAGUUCGCGGCGAACCCGCUGCCGCAGCCUUGCCCGGAUUGUGGCAAACUGCUGGUGACGCGCGGGCGCGGACGCAGGAAUGCGCGCUGCCUUGAUGAGGCUUGUGGGUUCACAGGGGCUACGCCGCAGGCAGAAGUCGAGGAAGCAGUGGCGUAG